GUCAACCUUGGGUCAGGAACCUGUGUCCCCAUCCCGUCAAUUUUUGCUGCCUGUGCCGUUCCCAGACGCUGCCGAGGAUCUCUCCUUAUCUCUCCUCUCCUCUCUUUCUCCCCUUCUCCUCCUGGAGCAGGUGUCUGCCGACUUCCCGUCUAUGUAUACGUUCAAUAUAUAUCCACAAACCGUCUUUCCUCCCCGUCGACGUCGCCUGUGACGGAUCCCACGAAGACUGCACACUCCCCUGGCGGGCCAAUCCCCUGAGAACCCGCAACCUAUUCAAUUGAACCUUCGAGCUCCUUUCUCUUCUGGAUAGUCAGGCACCAUCCCCGGACUCUGGACAAUAUGAUGGAUCAGACACUUGUCGCUCAGCCCCCGCCAGGCUCUGCUGGACGUACGAAAAGCCAACCCACGAAUCCUACGCAAUCCAAACUUACGCUGCCGUCUCCCCCUUCGCGCAAUGGCCAUUUGAGCCUGGACGUCUUUUCUCCGGUCAAUGAGAACGGUAGCUUCGAGUUUGACCGGGUCCUGAAGAGUGGAAAGGUGUACCGUCGGACGAAAAAUAAGCGUGCAUUCAUCGCGUCGUGGAAACCCGCAUAUCUCGUCCUCCGUCCCAAUCUUCUGUCAGUUUACAAAGAUGAGGAGGCGACGAGACUUCGACUCUCCAUUAACCUAUCCGACGUCACGGCCAUUGCAGCCGUUAGGCACCCGGGAUCCACACGAGAGCACGUCUUCGGUAUUUUCACCCCCUCGAAGAACUACCGCUUCCAGGCACUAUCACAGAAGGAUGUGGAGGAUUGGAUUGUACGCAUUCGAGCCGAAACGCCUGUUGACGAGACUGAGGAGGCCUUCUUAGCGCUCACUCGGAAUCUCGAGAGUAGAGCUGCGCCCAAAUUGCCCAUGGACGAUACUACCGAUCAUUCAGACGUCGACGCUCUUGGAGGCACAAACGCCUCAGACUUCAGACGGCCGUUCUCCCCAGGUCCUCGGAAGAAUUUCCUGUACGUCCGAGAUUGCUCGGCAAACGAUGCUACAUCGUUCUCGGAGUGGUCCGAUGGACCUGCAAGUAGCACUCGGCCCCAUUCAGCUGCCUCGUUCAGGAAUCUAUCUACCCCCGUUAAGGGUGAGAGACAACUACCCUCUUCGAGCACUGCAAGCGUCCUUCGUGACCCGGAAAGGAUCGUCUGCCAAGGUUAUCUUCAAUGUCUCCGACUCAAAGGUGGCGUUCGCCAGUGGAAAAGAUUAUGGGUCGUCGUGCGGCCGAAAAGUCUCUCCUUCUACAAGGAUGAACAGGAAUACUCUGCUGUCAAGAUCAUCUCAAUGUCCCAAGUAAUUGAUGCGGCAGAGAUCGAUCCUAUCUCUCGAUCCAAGGCAUUCUGCUUUCAGAUCAUCGCGGAAGAAAAGCCAUAUCGACUAUGCGCUCCGAAUGAGGAAGCCCUAACCAAAUGGCUCGGAUCCCUCAAAAGCAUUAUCGUUGCUCGCAAGAAAUUAAACCCGGCGGCAACAACACCGCAGUAAGAACCGUUGCUGUUCUGCUGGAUAUACAGCACAGCAUGGCCUGAUCAUUAUUGGAGCUAGCCCACAGCUCUUUACCUUCGUUUGUUCCUUUCUUUGACCCUUCUUAUUUCUUGCCUGGAAGCAUCUCAAUUGGGCCAUUCUUCUUCUAAUCCUGUCUUAUGAUAUAAUACAUGUACUUUCUUCUUUCAACUCCUGACCAGGAUCCUCAUUUCAACUGUGCUGGCGUGUCAUGCAGUACUACAGUACUUGGUAGUGCAUGAUAAUCACAGGGAUUACAGGGCAUGAAGAGAAAAAAAAAAGAAGAAAUUGUCACAGUGCAUACUGGUCUGUUUAUGUCUCUGUGCAAGUCAACCUUGCUACAGCUGAUAUCUUCAUUUCUUUCCUAUUUUCACUCUUUUCCUUCUAUACUUCCCCCCCUUUUAUUUUCAAAAUUACGAUUGACCAUGAUUGAUUCCAUUGACGUGUCUUAGUAUUCUUGACUAUUCGUCGAUGCCUACUUUUCUAUACCCCCUUUCCUUUUAUCAUUAUUUUUUAUAUUUCCCCCCUUUAUCUUCUUCUUUCUUAUAAGCAGCUAGAUUCUCUGCUUUUAUUACUAGACUUAAUAUACUUAUUACCUUAUUAUCAUCAAACAUGAUUGCCAU